UCUUUAGGGGACUAUGAACUGGCCUAUUUUCCUCCAGUGAUGGAAAGUGACCCUCCGUGGUGGUGCUGAAGUCCUGAAUAUGAUUCGAAUUGCAGCCUUAAAUGCCAGCUCCACAAUUGAGGAUGACCAUGAAGGGAGCUUUAAAAGUCACAAAAUCCAGACAAAGGAGGCCCAGGAAGCAGAGGCGUUUGCCCUAUACCACAAGGCCUUGGAUCUACAGAAACAUGACAGGUUUGAGGAGUCUGCCAAGGCCUACCAUGAGCUCCUGGAGGCACGCUUGCUGCGGGAGGCAGUUUCAUCAGGAGAUGAGAAGGAAGGGCUGAAACACCCUGGACUGAUACUGAAGUAUUCUACAUAUAAGAACCUGGCCCAGCUGGCAGCCCAACGAGAGGACCUGGAGACAGCCAUGGAAUUCUAUUUGGAGGCAGUGAUGCUGGAUUCCACUGACGUCAACCUGUGGUAUAAAAUUGGACACGUCGCCCUACGGCUCAUCCGGCUUCCCCUGGCUCGCCAUGCUUUUGAGGAAGGGCUUCGGUGUAAUCCUGACCACUGGCCCUGCUUGGACAAUCUCAUCACUGUCUUGUACGCCCUCAGUGAUUACACAACAUGUCUUUACUUCAUCUGCAAAGCACUGGAGAAAGACUGCCGGUACAGCAAAGGCAUAGUCCUCAAGGAGAAGAUUUUUGAAGAGCAACCUUGUCUCCGGAAGGACUCACUCCGAAUGUUCCUCAAAUGUGACAUGUCAAUUCACGAUGUGUCGGUGAGUGCAGCAGAGACACAGGCCAUUGUAGAAGAGGCUCUGGGGCUGCGGAAGAAGAGACAAGCGUUGAUGAUUCGAGAGAAGGAGCCAGACUUGAAACUAGUGCAGCCCAUACCUUUCUUCACGUGGAAGUGCCUUGGAGAGAGCUUGCUGGCCAUGUACAAUCACCUCACCACUUGUGAGCCCCCAAGGCCCAGCCUUGGGAAGAGGAUUGACCUGUCUGACUACCAGGACCCCAGCCAGCUCCUCGCAUCCCCUGUAGUGGUUGCAGCUGUCAGUGUGGUCCAGCCAAGUCCAGCUCUGGCUGUAGCUGAGCCUGUGCUCUCCUAUACCUCUGUGACCACAGCGAGCUUCCCACUGCACAGCCCUGGCCUGCUGGAUACAAGCACUCCUCUGGGUGAUGUUUCUGGAGGAGAUAAAUCUAAGAAAGGGGUAAAGCGUAAGAAGACUUUAGAAGAAAAUGGAGAGACAGCCAAGCGGAGGUCUGCCCGUGUCCGAAACACCAAGUGUAAAAAAGAAGAGAAAGUGGAUUUCCAGGGGCUCCUGGUAAAGUUCUUGCCGUCCAGAUUAAGAAAACUGGACCCUGAGGAGGAAGAUGAUCCAUUUAAUAGCUAUGAAGUUCAGUCAGAAGCCAAACUGGAGAGCUUCUCGAAUGUGGGACUUCAUCGACUGUCCUUUGAUUCAGCCACAUUCAUGGAAUCGGAGAAGCAGGAUGUACAUGAGUUCCUGAUGGAGAACCUGAGCAACGGGGGCAUCCUGGAGCUGAUGAUGCGCUAUCUGAAGAGCAUGGGCCACAAGUUCUUGCUGAAGUGGCCCCUGGGCCUGGCGGAGGUCGUUCUUAGCGUCUACCACAGCUGGAGGAGACACAGCACCAGUCUGCCCAACCCACUGCUCAGGGACUGCAGCAACAAGCACAUCAAGGACAUGAUGCUGAUGUCUCUCUCCUGCAUGGAGCUCCAACUGGACCAGUGGCUACUGACCAAAGGCAGAAGCUCUACAGUGUCUCCCCGGAACUGCCCUGCUGGUGUGGUGACAGGCAGGUUUGGGCCUGACUUUCCGGGAACCCAUUGCCUGGGUGACCUCCUGCAGCUGUCAUUCGCCUCAUCUCAGCGUGACCUGUUUGAGGAUGGCUGGCUGGAGUUUGUUGUCCGUGUUUACUGGCUGAAGGCACGUUUCUUGGCACUUCAGGGAGACAUGGAACAAGCCCUGGAGAACUAUGAUAUCUGCACAGAAAUGCUCCAGAGCUCCAGUGUCAUCCAGGCAGAGGCAGGGGCUGAGCAAGGGGACAUUGUCAUCCGGCUGCCCAACCUUCACAAUGACUCCAUUGUUUCUCUGGAGGAAAUUGAUAAGAACCUGAAGUCCCUGGAAAGGUGCCAGUCCCUGGAGGAGAUUCAGAGGCUGUUUGAGGCAGGCGACUACAGGGCUGUGGUGCAUCUGCUCCGGCCUACUUUGUGUACCAGUGGCUUUGACCGAGCCAAACACCUGGAGUUUAUGACGUCCAUUCCCGAGAGGCCAGCCCAGCUGCUUCUGCUGCAGGACUCAUUGCUCCGCCUGAAGGACCACAAACAGUGUUUUGAAUGUUCUGACGUGGCUCUGAAUGAGGCUGUCCAGCAGAUGGUGAACUCAAGUGAAUCUGCAGCCAAGGAAGAGUGGGUGGCCACAGUGACCCAGUUGCUGCUAGGCAUCGAGCAGGCACUGUCAUCAGACAGCAGUGGCAGCAUUCUUAAGGAAUCAUCCUCUACUACUGGCCUUGUCCGGCUUACUAACAACCUCAUCCAGGUCAUCGACUGCAGCAUGGCUGUUCAAGAGGAGCCCAAGGAGCCCUAUGUUUCCUCAGUGCUGCCCUGGAUCAUCCUGCACAGGAUCAUCUGGCAGGAGGAAGACACCUUCCGCUCCCUGUGCCACCAGCAGCAGCUCCAGAACCCAGCAGAGGAAGGGAUGUCGGAGAUGCCCAUGCUCCCGUCUUCCCUCAUGCUGCUCAACACAGCACAUGAGUACUUGGGCAGGAGGUCCUGGUGCUGCAAUUCAGAUGGAGCACUUCUGCGAUUCUAUGUGCAAGUUCUCCAGAAGGAGCUUGCUGCGUCUGCCUCUGAAGAUACGCACCCCUACAAGGAGGAGCUGGAGACCGCCUUGGAGCAGUGCUUCUACUGCCUGUACAGCUUCCCCAGCAAGAAGAGUAAGGCCAGGUACCUGGAGGAGCACUCAGCCCAGCAGGUGGAUCUUAUAUGGGAGGAUGCCCUGUUCAUGUUUGAGUAUUUUAAGCCCAAGACGCUCCCGGAGUUUGAUAGCUACAAGACCAGCACUGUUUCUGCUGACUUGGCCAACCUGCUGAAAAGAAUUGCUACCAUCGUGCCCCGCACAGAGAAGCCAACUCUGAGCAUGGACAAAGUCUCUGCCUACAUUGAGGGAACCUCAGCUGAGGUGCCCUGCCUUCCGGAAGGUGCAGACCCUGCCCCUCCAGUGGUGAAUGAGCUCUACUACCUCCUGGCUGAUUACCAUUUCAAGAACAAGGAGCAGUCGAAAGCCAUCAAGUUCUACAUGCAUGAUAUUUGCAUCUGCCCCAACAGGUUUGAUUCCUGGGCAGGCAUGGCUCUGGCCCGGGCCAGCCGAAUUCAGGACAAGCUGAACUCAAAUGAGCUGAAGAGUGAUGGACCCAUCUGGAAACAUGCCACACCUGUUCUGAACUGCUUCCGGAGGGCCCUUGAGAUUGACAGCUCUAAUCUGUCCUUGUGGAUUGAGUAUGGAACCAUGUCCUAUGCCUUACAUUCAUUCGCUUCUCGCCAGCUGAAGCAGUGGAGAGCCGAGCUGCCUCCCGAGCUUGUGCAGCAGAUGGAGGAUCGGCGCAACAGCAUGCUGGAGACAGCCAGGCACUGUUUCACAUCUGCAGCCCGCUGUGAGGGCGAUGGCGAUGAGGAGGAAUGGCUCAUUCACUACAUGCUGGGCAAGGUGGCCGAGAAGCAGCAGCAACCGCCGACCGUGUACCUGAGGCACUACCGGCAGGCUGGCCACUACUUACAUGAGGAGGCUGCGCGUUACCCUAAGAAGAUCCACUACCACAACCCGCCUGAGCUGGCCAUGGAAGCCCUGGAGGUGUACUUCCGGCUCCAUGCGUCCAUCCUGAAGCUCCUGGGCAAACCUGAUUCUGGGGUUGCUGCAGAGGUCCUGGUCAGCUUUAUGAAGGAGGCAGCAGAAGGACCUUUUGCCAGGGGCGAGGAGAAGAAUACACCCAGAGCUUCAGAAAAGGAGAAGGCCUGCCUGGUGGAUGAGGACUCCCACUCUUCAGCUGGGACACUGCCUGGCCCCGGAGCCUCCCUCCCCUCCUCCUCUGGCCCAGGUCUGACAUCCCCACCUUACACAGCCACUCCGAUUGACCACGAUUACGUCAAAUGUAAAAAACCCCAUCAGCAGGCGACGCCGGACGGUCCUCAGUCAGCGCUGUACCAGAGAAGAUGCGACUCCCUAGGAGAGGAGAUGGAGAGGCUCUGUUACCGAAGCCAGGACAGCACAGCUGUGGCCCUGUCAGAUUCCAGCUCAACGCAGGACUUCUUUAAUGAGCCCACAAGUUUACUGGAGGGUUCUCGAAAGCCCUUUCCAGAGAAGAGGCUCUCCGGGCUCAGUUCUCAAGCAGGACCAACUGGUAAAGACCUUCCAGGGCCCACAGAGGAAAGAGGAAAAACUGAGGAGUCCUUGGAGAGCACAGAGGCCUUCCGGGUUGUAGAACAAGGUGUCCAGAAGCCUGUGGCAGACUCCUCAGCCUCUGCUUACAUUCCCAGCAAGUCCCCAGUGUCCACACCUCCUUUGUGGGAUGGGAAGAAGAGGGGUGACCCCCUAGGGGAGCCGGUGGCUUUUCCCCAGGGGCUGCCAGCGGGUGCUGAAGAGCAGCGCCAGUUCCUCACAGAGCAAUGCAUUGCGUCCUUCUGCUUGUGCCUGAGCCGCUUCCCACAGCACUACAAGAGUCUCUACCGCCUGGCCUUCCUCUACACCUACAGCAAGACUCACCGGAACCUCCAGUGGGCCCGUGAUGUGUUGCUAGGCAGCAGUAUCCCAUGGCAACAACUGCAGCACAUGCCGGCACAGGGGCUCUUCUGCGAGAGGAACAAGACCAAUUUCUUCAACGGCAUCUGGCGGAUCCCCGUGGAUGAGAUUGACCGGCCGGGCAGCUUUGCCUGGCACAUGAACCGCUCCAUCGUGCUGCUACUCAAGGUUCUAGCCCAGCUCCGGGACCACAGUACCUUGUUGAAGGUAUCCUCCAUGCUGCAGCGGACACCAGACCAGGGCAAGAAAUAUCUACGAGAUGCUGAUCGCCAGGUCCUGGCACAGCGCGCCUUCAUCCUCACUGUGAAAGUGUUGGAGGACACACUGAGUGAGCUUGCAGAGGGGUUAGAACACCCAGGACCCAAAGCCUGUGGCGUCCCUGGAGCCAGGAUGACCACUGAUGUCUCACACAAAGCCAGUCCUGAGGAUGGCCAGGAAAGCCUCCCCCACCCUAAGAAGCUACCUCUAGCUGAUGGCUCAGGAUCAGGGCCUGAGCCAGGGGGCAAAGUGGGCCCUCUUAACCAGUUGCCACUGACCACAGACACAAGGGACAGUACAGACCAAGUGGGGGAGCGGAAGGACAAAGAGAAUCCCCAGGUGGGGCCCACCGAAGCCAUGGAUACCAGUGAGGCUGCUGCUCGUCACACAGACUUGGAACAGACAGCACGUCUUCUGCCAGGUCGCCCCCCAAGGGACCGGGGCCCUGAGAGCCGGCCUGCUGAGCUUUCCCUAGAGGAGCUGAGCAUCAGCACCCGGCAGCAGCCCGCUCCACUUGCACCAACCCCAGUAACCACCACCACCACUGCUGCCCCCACCACUGUGGGGGCUAGGGGAGGGGGGCACCCUGAGGAGGCACCCCCAAGGCCUAAUCGCAAAAGGAAACUCCUAGAGGACACAGAGUCUGGCAAGACACUCCUGCUAGAUGCCUACCGCGUGUGGCAGCAAGGCCAGAAGGGCAUGGCCUAUGACCUGAGCCGCAUCGAGAAAAUCAUGUCGGAGACUUACAUGCUCAUCAAGCAGGUGGAUGAGGACACUGCACUGGAGCAGGCUGUGAAGUUCUGUCAGGUCCACCUUGGGGCUGCUACCCAGAGACAGGCCUCAGGGGACGCACCCACUACCCCCAAGCACCCCAAGGACAGCCGAGAGAAUUUCUUCCCUGCAACAGUAGCCCCCACAGCACCUGACCCCACAGCAACUGAUGGUCUCCUGCGACCCAGUGACUCCCACCUCAAACCUGUAUUGGCUACUGCCUCAGCUGUCAUCAACUGCCCUCCGUCAGCAUCAGCCUCUACCCCAGACCUGUCCACAGACCCUGGGAUUCCCCGGCCACACAGGCCAGAGGCUACCCCCAGCAUGGCCUCUCUGAGUCCUGAAAGAGAAGAGCUGUCAGGAGUGACAGAAGGCGCCAGCUUUCCAUCACAAGAACUCCGGCACAGUCACCAGAUGAAAAUGGUUGAGCAGCACUGCUGGCCAGCAGAAGCUGCUUGCCAUGCAGGUGCUGAGCCCACCUGCAGCCAAGCCACCAGCACUAAGGUCCCCAGCAGCGGAAGUGCCCAGACACCCGAGAGCCAUCAAGGCAAAACCGAGUCCAGCAGGGCCAAAUCCCGCCUCCUGCCUAACAUGCCAAAGCUGGUGAUACCCUCGGCCACCACCAAGUUCCCUCCUGAGAUUACCGUCACACCACCUACCCCGACCCUGCUUUCCCCGAAAGGCAGCAUCUCGGAGGAGACCAAGCAGAAGCUGAAGUCAGCCAUCCUGUCCGCCCAGUCAGCUGCCAAUGUGAGGAAGGAGAGCCUGUGCCAGCCAGCCCUGGAGGUUCUGGAGACAUCCAGCCAGGAGUCCUCAUUGGAGAGCGAGACAGACGAGGACGACGACUUCAUGGACACAGGAGCGAGCCCACCCAGAGGCCUGCAGCCAUACACGGGGCAGCAGCAAGGCCUGGAUCCCUUUGGUCCAGACCCUAGGCAAGGCCAGAAGCCCAUGUGAGGUAUCAUUUCCCAUGGUCUCAUAAGCCUGCCCAUCCCAUCCCCCUCUUCACAGCGUCCUGCUCCAGUUCAGGCUAUCCACACACCCUGUUGGUCCAGAGGAAGAUAAGGCCUGUCUUAGGCAUGUGAACUGCUUGUGGUCUGUACAGCAGG